UCCGGUAGGGCGGGGGGUUGGGGGACGCACUGAAGCUAUUCGCAGACAGUCCGAGAGGAAAGGCUAAACCUUUACGCUGAUUGGCGGCGACGCGGGAGGCCGGGGCGGAUGGACCGGACGCAGUGGGCGGGCGGGAACGUGAAAUUUCCGCGGUGCCUGAUGGGGCUGUUCGGAGGCCGGGAUCUGUUGGCACAGGGGGACCACUCGUUACUGCUGCCGCCGUCUCUGCCGCCUCAUGGCGGCCAUCGGAGUUCACCUGGGCUGCACUUCAGCCUGUGUGGCCGUCUAUAAGGAUGGCCGGGCUGAUGUGGUUGCAAAUGAUGCAGGUGACAGAGUUACUCCAGCUGUAGUUGCUUACACAGAAAAUGAAGAGGUUGUUGGAUUGGCAGCAAAACAAAGUAGAAUAAGAAAUAUUUCAAAUACAGUAAUGAAAGUAAAGCAGAUCCUUGGCAGAAGCUCUGAUGAUCCGCAGGCUCAGAAAUACAUCACGGAAAGUAAAUGUUUAGUCAUUGAAAAGAAUGGAAAGUUACGAUACGAAAUAGAUACUGGAGAAGAAACAAAGUUUGUUAACCCAGAAGAUGUUGCCAGACUGAUAUUUAGUAAAAUGAAAGAAACAGCACAUUCUGUAUUGGGCUCAGAUGCAAAUGAUGUAGUUAUUACUGUUCCAUUUGAUUUUGGAGAAAAGCAAAAAAAUGCUCUUGGGGAAGCAGCCAGAGCUGCUGGGUUUAAUGUUUUGCGGUUAAUCCAUGAACCAUCUGCAGCUCUUCUGGCUUAUGGAAUUGGACAAGACUGCCCCACUGGAAAAAGCAAUAUUUUGGUGUUUAAACUUGGAGGAACAUCCUUAUCUGUCAGUGUCAUGGAAGUGAACAGUGGAAUAUAUCGUGUUCUUUCAACAAACACUGAUGAUAACAUAGGAGGUACACAUUUCACAGAAACCUUAGCACAGUAUCUGGCUUCAGAGUUUCAGAGAUCCUUCAAACAUGAUGUGAGAGGGAAUGCCCGAGCCAUGAUGAAGCUGAUGAACAGUGCUGACAUUGCAAAGCAUUCUUUGUCCACCUUGGGAAGUGCCAAUUGUUUCCUAGACUCAUUAUAUGAAGGUCAAGAUUUUGACUGCAAUGUGUCCAGAGCAAGAUUUGAACUUCUCUGUUCUCCACUUUUUAAUAAAUGUAUAGAAGCAAUCAGAGAACUCUUAGAACAAAGUGGAUUUACAGCAGAUGAUAUCAAUAAGGUUGUUCUUUGUGGAGGGUCUUCUCGCAUCCCAAGGCUACAGCAGCUGAUUAAAGAUCUUUUCCCAAAUGUUGAGCUUCUGAAUUCUGUCCCUCCUGAUGAAGUCAUCCCUAUAGGUGCAGCUAUAGAAGCAGGGAUUCUUACUGGCAAAGAAAACCUUUUAGUCGAAGAGUCUCUUAAGAUAGAGUGUUCAGCCAAAGAUAUUUUAGUUAAGGGAGUCGAUGAAUCAGGAGCCAAAAGCUUCACAGUACUGUUCCCAUCAGGGACUCCUUUGCCGGCUCGAAGACAACACACAUUACAAGCCCCCGGAAGUAUAUCUUCAGUAUGCCUUGAACUCUAUGAGUCUGAGGGGAAGAACUCUGCAAAAGAGGAAGACAAGUUCGCACAGGUUGUACUCCAGGAUCUAGAUAAAAAAGAAAAUGGAUUACGUGAUAUAUUGGCUGUUCUUACUAUGAAAAGGGAUGGAUCUUUACAUGUGACAUGCACAGAUCAAGAGACUGGAAAAUGCGAAGCAAUCACUAUUGAAGUGGCAUCUUAGUGUUUUAGAGAAACCAGGAAUUUUUUAGAAAUAGAAUAUCAUUAUUAUUUGGUUUUGUCUAUAAGCGAUGUUUAUAUUAAAAUACUUUUUUGAAUGAACUAUAUAUGUUUCUAUUAAAAUACAAUAUAUUGGUAAGUGUUGCAACCUUUUUUUGUUUUCCACUUACGAUGGGAAAUAUAAGGACCUUUAGUAGUGAGAAAUACAAGGAACUUUUUCUAUCAUGAAGCUAUUUAGAAUUAAAUUGAGUGGAUUGCAGGAAAUUUUACUGGAAAUUUAACAUUGUGUUUUUUAAAAACUUUUGUUUCUAUAACUUCAAGUUUGAAGAAGUCUUUUAUUCUUACUAGAUCAUGAAUUAAGAACAAUUUAAAAGUCUUUGAUAGUAGAUGAAAAAAGUUGGAGAACCAUGUGCAAAAAGUAAGAUACCAUUUUUGCUUAAACAAGUAAAUUCAUAAACUCAACAAUUGUGUAUAGAUAUGUGUGUGACAAGCAUAGAAUACAAAGUCUAGAAGGCUACCCAUCAAACUCCUCUAACAGUGGCCUUUCUGUGGACAGAAAUAUUAUAGGGUGGCACUUUUACUUUUUACAGUUUUGUUUAAUUUGAUUUUUCUCUCUAACAAAUAUGUUUUUCUUUUGAAAUUAAAAGGUUGGUUUGUUUGUUUGUUUUUGAAGAGAUGGCUAGCCACAUUCUGUUCAAUAGAGAACAUUCACUAGUGCAUUGAGAUACUCACUGGGUUACUAAUGAGAAGGUCAUUCAUUCACUAAGUAAAACAAGACAACUAACCUGUGAAUAUUGAAAAAAGAACUAGAAGGUGAGCAGUGCACAUCAGACUCUAUUAUCAAGAGAGAAUUUUCCAUUCAUUUCUUUCCUUGGUUCCCAGAAGAUUUGAGAAGAGGAAAUAUCUUUACUCAGUGGUCAAAUUUAAAAAUUGUGCUGUUUUUAUCUUUUUCAAACUGUGGAGGUGCUUUUUCAUUAUAGUUUAUUUCUAUGGACUUACGUGGCGGUAAUAUUCUAUUUCUAAAGAUACAGAAACCAAACUCAAGGUUUUUCAUUUAUUCUGUAUCAAAUUAUUGACAGAAAAAGAAUUCAGAUACGAUUCUGAGUCCACAAAGAAGCAGGCUCAAAGGCAUACACUUUUGAUUAAGGAUGAGUACUUAGUUAUUUUUUAGGAUCUUUUCCAAAGUUAUAAAAACUUUGAAAUCAAAUAAAUAAAUAUAAAUUAUUUUCAGAAAAUAGGAAAAUAGCAUCUGAACUAGUUGAACUGCUAAGUCUAUGCUUUCAGUUAGGCUUUGGAAAAUGCUUUAGGAUUUUAUUUUGUAGUUACUGUUAGCUCUUUCAACUAGAUCAGGCACUGGCAAACUGUGGCCAGUGUGUCAAUUCUAUGCCAUUCCUAUUUUUGUAAAUAAAAUUUUAUUAAAAUAUAGCCAGGCUUAAUGGUAUAUGUAUUGUUGGUGGCCGUCUUCACACUAUCAUGGCAGAUUGAAUAGUUGCAACAGAGACUGUGUGGCCCACAAACUUUAAAAUACUUACUGUCUGGCUCUUUACGGAAAAUGUUUGUCAACGCCUGAAGUAGAUUAAUGAAACCUGUGGAAUAAAAUAUCAUAAAGAUUUA